AUGGCUGCGAACAAGAGCGUUAGGAAGGAAAUGGGAUUUUUGAUGACGACAUUGCGGAAGGUUGUUGGAGCUGUUGAGAUGAUGCUAUUCGAUACACGUGUUGUUGGCCCGGUUUCGAUACUUAUUUUAGUCUUUGAGGCGAUUCUACUUGAAGUUAUCAUUAGGCGAGUUCCAUAUACUGAGAUUGACUAUAGCACAUACAUGCAGCAGGUUACGCAGAUUGAGCAAGGCGAGCUAGACUACGAUCUGAUUGGAGGAGACACGGGCCCAAUAGUUUAUCCUGGAGGAUACGUCUUCAUCUAUUCGUGGAUGAAGGUUCUCACCGGUGGCAUGGAGGAGUUGUGGAAGGGGCAGGAGCUCUUCAGGGUGCUGUAUCUGCUGACAAUGGGGCUCACAUUGGCUGUGUAUUUGAACAUCCAAGAACCGUAUAGGGUUCCACCGUAUGUGAUGUAUUUAUUGGCUAUUUCCAAACGGUUGCAUUCCAUCUAUGUGUUGAGGCUCUUCAACGACUGUUUCACGACUUUCUUCAUGGUGGGAGUCAUUUUAUUAUUGCAACUAUCUUCGAGAUUCAAGAGAAGGGGGGAGACCUUGAAUAGCGACCUCCUUACACUUGCCAGUAUUGGAUGCUAUGCCUUAGGAGUGAGCAUCAAGAUGAAUGCCCUACUUUACCUUCCUGGACUCCUACUGGUGGUGUAUUUCCUCAACAACGAGAACCUGAUGCGGAGCUUGGGGAUGCUGUUGUUUGGAUGUCUACAAUUCUGUGGAAUUAACCAAAUGUUCCUUCUGAACGGGUCUAGAAUUAGAGCCAGUUUCUUGAGAAACGCCUUUGAUUUCAAUAGGAUCUUCACCUAUAAAUGGAGUGUCAAUUGGCAGUUCAUCAAUGAGGAAACUUUCUGCAGUCCAAGGUUCCACAAAUUGCUCCUUCUUCUUCAGCUUGGUCUAUUAACGGCGUUUCUAAUUAAACAGUGGCUCCAUCCCUUUAUUACGGGGAAACCGCUCUACCAAUUACUCAUUCGAGAUGGACUCUGGGCUCCUAAUAGAAACACCCUCAAUUUCAACAACCAACUAGUCCUUGGACCAAAUAGCAGUUACCAUAUAGCAGUGAUCAUGAUGUCGUGCAAUAUAGUAGGCGUCCUCUGUGCUCGGAGUCUCCACUACCAGUUUCUCAGCUGGUAUGCUUACAGCGUUCCCAUACUGGUAUAUAGAGGUGUGACUUCCCUGGUAUAUCGUUUCAACAGAAUCGACAACUUUACAGUUAACUACUUUACCCAUCACCGUGCUACCGUCAACAGCAACACCAACAGCAACACCAACGCCGCGCCCACUGCGUCCCGCCGCCGCCGCCAGUGGGCGGUAGCACUUCUGGUGUGUGCGUUCUGCGGCGCGCACGAGCUUGCGUGGGACAUGUAUCCGCCGGCGCCGCUCGGUAGCACCGUGCUUGUUAGUGGGCUCUCUCUUAUUGUAGUGGGGAAUUUAUUUGCAAACCCGGGCGCGACAAACAUCAAAGAGAGAAAAUCCUGUUCUAAAAGUCUGUGA